GAAAUCCAGUCCCAUUUGACAUUUCCAUUUAUCAACGUUUUUCUUUCUUCAAUGCAAUUAGAAUUUUAAGAUAUCGUCAAGAAAGUUAUGUUGAAAUGCUUAACGACAUUACUUAAUAACAGUUUAGAGUCUAAUGUCAGUGCUACUGCCUUUAGUUAUGUUUAUUCUGCAGACUAUCAACACUUGAACAAAUCCUGCAAACUAGUUACGUAUACAUGUAAAAAGUUGAAAUGUUUUCCACAUGUUCAAUGGAAUUAAUCAUUGAAGUUUGAAUGAUCACUGUUAUCUGGGUAUAUUGUUGUUUUGCUAAAAAUGUCUUCAUUCUUGUUCAUCGUCUUGACACCAAAUUCUGAAGAUGUACUAGUAACAUGCGGAAAAAAGAAAACAGCCAAGGAUGAUGAGACUGAGUCCAAAGAUGAUCCAAAAGUCAAAGAAGAAACAGAAGAGAAAACAGAAAAUGGAAAUGAGGAUGCUGCUGGUGAAAAUGAACAAAAACUUGAUGGAGAUGUAAACGGAAAUGAACAGAAGGAUGGAGACGGUAAAACUGACGAUAAAAUUGAUAAUAGUUUGAAAGAAAAUGAAGUGAUUGAAACUGGGUCAGUUGGUUCAGAGGUGAUUGAUGAAGGGACAAAUGUAGACCUCGCAGAGGUCAAAGUUCGUGUAGAUGAUGGAGAAGAUAACACUGAAAGCAGUAAAGAAGCCUCUGGUGAUGAAAGUGAAGCAGACGAGAAACAAGUUGGCCGCUUCCUUGUGAAAGUGACUGAAGACAAGUCAGACAAUGAAGAAGGAGGGAAUGUUGGAGAGGAGGACACUACAAGGUCUACUUCCAGCAUGACGAGAUCUGUCAGCUCAAAUAGGUCCCUCAGCCCACUUAAGGCGGUUGGUUCCAAUCGGUCCAUGGAAAAGAUUGCAAUGGAGACAAAGAUCAGUACAGCCGAAGUUUCGGAGGAGACACCGACAGGGGAGAAUACUUUGACUGAGGUGGAGUCUGGGGAGUUAACUCCACUUGUCAUUUUAGAAAUGCCACUUUAUAAGAAGGUGGAUGAGAUGUUGGAGUCGUUUGGAAUCACGACAAUAGACAGGGAGGUGAUAGGAAACAGCAAAUACAGAAAGUUCUCAUUCAUCCUGGAUGACAGUCAGAUGUGUGAGAAGGUGCUAAACAAGCUGGGAACACUCGGUGUCGGCUCUGUCAAGGACUCAUCAUUCAGUGUGUUUCCGUCCAGCCUAUACAAUGGCUACAAGCCUUGUGAGAAUGAGGAGGACGAGGAGAAUGGAGGAGGGGUGUCCACCAAUGCAGAUCUACUGGCAUCAGCGCGUAGGUUGCGGAAACAGGAGAGCUCGUCCAGGGAAGUUUUCAUGAAAUCCAUCAAGUCACGACUUGUUGUACAACAGGUGGUGAACACAGUAACAGCGAACGCCCAGUUCACCUUUGAUUACUUGCUACUCAUUAUUCUUGCCAGUUUGAUAUCAUGUAUGGGCCUGGUAGAGAGCAGCUCUGUUGUUUUAGUUGCCAGCAUGCUUAUAUCACCACUUAUGGGACCAAUCCUUGCCACAACAUUUGGUCAGGUGAUACAGAACCACGGGCUCAGAAAUCUUGGGCUCAAGUCAGAACUGAGCGGCUUGCUCAUAUGUAUUUUUGUUGGUUUUGUGUUUGGGCUAGUGACAGGAAGUUUUGGUCUGAAAGGGGCAGUUUGGGGCAGCUCUGACCAGUGGCCUACACAGGAGAUGGCCAGCAGGGGAGAGUUGAGAGCCCUGUGGGUAGGAAUGCUGAUAGCAGUGCCAUCAGGUGCGGGUGUGGCCCUCUCUGUGCUUGGUGGGAACGCCGGGUCCCUGGUGGGCGUGGCAAUAUCUGCCUCCCUUCUACCCCCGGCCUGCAAUGCUGGAAUGUUGUGGGCAUAUUCAUUCCUUGCAGCCAUCAGUCCACCAGAAGUUGUCCAGACUGCCACUACACUACUCACUACGGCCAUGCCUUUAACAACUGCAAUGAUUGACAACAUCACAAUAACAAUAGCAACCAACACCACCAUCAGCACCACAGCUCCUACAGCCACCAACCCGACCCACUUGGCCUCGGAGGGCACAUGCCUUGCCCUGGUAAACAAUGCGUACGUGCCGGUGUACAGUUGCUCGGUUCCCCGGGAGGCGGCAAUGCUGGGAGCCAUUAGUCUUCUCCUCACCAUCCUCAAUAUACUUUGCAUCAUUGCGAUGGGUGUUCUCGUACUUCGGAUCAAGGAGGUUGCCCCAGAGACAGCAGGCCCUAUCAAGUCUUUCUUCUCAGAGGAUAUACAUGUUGCGAGGUCGUACAACACCACCCAGAAGGGUGUGACAGGAAAUACACUUGGUAAGCAGCUUCUGUCAGAGUGGAGCCUGUACAAGGAGCAGCAGGCCCAAUCAGACCAGGACGGCUUGAGCAAGGAGAUCGGGGUCGUGGAGUUUGUCAACCAAAUAAAGGACAUAGAGAUGUCCCCAUACACCCAGCAUCUCCUCUCCAAUCUGCCCAACCGUUCAUCCUGGGCUGUGCACAAUGAACUCAGUCCGGAGUAUGAUAUGGCUGUCAACCGUUUGAACGAACAGCUAUCCAAGCACCCCUCAGUCUAUCUCGCAGAUGCAUCAGUGACCGACCAGCGGAUCAAACAGGCUUAUAACACCAUACACCACAUUCCAGGACAGCAAAACUCCAUGGGGGCUGAGUUUAGGAGACAUCUGAAGCAACGAAGUUCUGCACGGAAUAUGACGCCUGUAUCAACAGUUUUGGAGACGGUAUCUGAAACGUCCCUGAACUCCAAUAAGAAUGAGCAGCCAUCUGUAGCUCCAACUGCUGCCUCUGGAAGAAAUCUUCUCAACUUUACGAGUAACAAACUGUUCAAACGUAGGAAGCCUCGCGUUCAAUUCAAGGAAGGAGAAUCUGACUCCUUGGUUUGAGCUAUAUGUUAUAACUUAUACUGGGUUGCGGACAAAAGUGCACUUUCAGUUCUGCUGUGUUUUGGGGUUAUUUUCUGUUAAUGUUUUUAGCAUUUAUUCAUUACAAGACUACUUUAUGUGUUAAUAGUUUUCAUUGGUUCAUUUUAAACUUAUUUCUAACAUGUAAAAUAAUAAAUUUAAUAGAUCUAUAAUCUACAUAAAUAUAUUUUUUUAACAAAAUUUGUUUUCUUUUAUAUGAAGAUGUCAUACCCAGUUAUAUUUAUAUAUAUAUAUAUAUAUAUAUAAUCAUUUUCUUAGAUGUUUAAGAGCUCUUGUAACAGAAAUAAUUUCAAAUAAAAUGUCUGGGAAUUGUAGGAAACUCUACCACAGUAUUUAAGUAGUUAUUCCUGUCAUUUGUAAUUCUACAUUAACAUUGAUUGUAUUAUCAGAUGCUAAUGCCAUGUGGCUGAGGUAUACAUUCAAGUGAUGAAUAGCAUGUUUGUGUGUAUCAACCUUUUCUAUGUAUUUAUGAUGUAUUUAUGAUGGAUUUUAUUCAUCUAUAAGCAUAGCUAUGAGACUCAUUGAUGUAUAACACAUUUUUUAACAUUCACUGGGUAACUUAAUUUUUAGAGCAUGAAUGGUAUUUGCUGAAGUCUACCUAGAUCAUUAAGUGGUAGAUGAUGAUUUUUUAAGUCAUAUUGAACAUCUUUAAUGUAGACUCAGAACCAACAAACUAAAUAGAAUUUGUCUUGUUGUAUAAAAUUGGCAUUAUUCAUUCAAUCUGUGAUUGAUGUUUUUCAUCUGUUAUGAUAUUGCAUUAAGCUGGAAUUUGAACAAUUUACAAACUGACAUGCUGAAUUCAAAUUUACCUGUUUUAACUACCCCGAUCUUGUGAUAUUGAUUCUCACGUUUUUUUUUUGGGGGGGGGGGGGGAGGUGAGAGAAAAAAGUUGAGGUAUUGUGGUUGCCUUGGUGUUGUUGUUGUAGGUAUCGGUGUGAAAAAUAUAGAACCUUGACCAUAACUCGGAAGAUGUUGCCAGAGACAAUAUGCUCAUGUGUAGCAAGGCCCAUAACUCUGGCGUAAAUGGUUAAUAAGUUAUGCCGUUAUUUUGAAUGAAAAGAAGAACAGACGAGGCAGUGCUGUUUGCUCAGUGGUGUAUUUGUUAGGGUUUCUAUGUCAUUCCAGCUGAAUGAAUUUUUGUUAUUUGUUUGUUCACGUUUCAUGUAGGCAUUGGUACUUGUCUGUUGUUGGUGUUGAUUCUUGGUACAUGUUUGUUGUUGGUGUUGAUUCUUGGUACAUGUAUGUUUUUGGUGUUGAUUCUUGGUACAUGUUUGUUGUUGGUGUUGAUUCUUGGUACAUGUAUGUUGUUGGUGUUGAUUCUUGGUACAUGUAUGUUGUUGGUGUUGAUUCUUGGUACAUGUUUGUUGUUGGUGUUGAUUCUUGGUACAUGUUUGUUGUUGGUGUUGAUUCUUGGUACAUGUUUGUUGUUGGUGUUGAUUCUUGGUACAUGUUUGUUGUUGGUGUUGAUUCUUGGUACAUGUUUGUUGUUGGUGUUGAUUCUUGGUACAUGUUUGUAGUUGGUGUUGAUUCUUGGUACAUGUUUGUAGUUGGUGUUGAUUCUUGGUACAUGUUUGUUGUUGGUGUUGAUUCUUGGUACAUGUUUGUUGUUGGUGUUCAUUCUUGGUACAUGUAUGUUGUUGGUGUUGAUUCUUGGUACAUGUUUGUUGUUGGUGUUGAUUCUUGGUACAUGUUUGUUGUUGGUGUUGAUUCUUGGUACAUGUUUGUUGUUGGUGUUGAUUCUUGGUACAUGUUUGUUGUUGGUGUUGAUUCUUGGUACAUGUUUGUUGUUGGUGUUGAUUCUUGGUACAUGUAUGUUGUUGGUGUUGAUUCUAUGUACAUGUUUGUUGUUGGUGUUGAUUCUUGGUACAUGUUUGUUGUUGGUGUUGAUUCUUGGUACAUGUCUGUUGUUGGUGUUGAUUCUUGGUACAUGUCUGUUGUUGGUGUUGAUUCUUGGUACAUGUUUGUUGUUGGUGUUGAUUCUUGGUACAUGUUUGUUGUUGGUGUUGAUUCUUGGUACAUGUCUGUUGUUGGUGUUGAUUCUUGGUACAUGUCUGUUGUUGGUGUUGAUUCUUGGUACAUGUCUGUUGUUGGUGUUGAUUCUUGGUACAUGUUUGUUGUUGGUGUUGAUUCUUGGUACAUGUUUGUUGUUGGUGUUGAUUCUUGGUACAUGUUUGUCGUUGGUGUUGAUUCUUGGUACAUGUUUGUCGUUGGUGUUGAUUCUUGGUACAUGUUUGUCGUUGGUGUUGAUUCUUGGUAUAUGUUUGUCGUUGGUGUUGAUUCUUGGUACAUGUUUGUUGUUGGUGUUGAUUCUUGGUACAUGUUUGUUGUUGGUGUUGAUUCUUGGUACAUGUUUGUUGUUGGUGUUGAUUCUUGGUACAUGUUUGUUGUUGGUGUUGAUUCUUGGUACAUGUUUGUUGUUGGUGUUGAUUCUUGGUACAUGUUUGUUGUUGGUGUUGAUUCUUGGUACAUGUUUGUUGUUGGUGUUGAUUCUUGGUACAUGUUUGUUGUUGGUGUUGAUUCUUGGUACAUGUUUGUUGUUGGUGUUGAUUCUUGGUACAUGUUUGUUGUUGGUGUUGAUUCUUGGUACAUGUUUGUUGUUGGUGUUGAUUCUUGGUACAUGUAUGUUGUUGGUGUUGAUUCUUGGUACAUGUUUGUUGUUGGUGUUGGUUCUUGGUACAUGUUUGUUGUUGGUGUUGGUUCUUGGUACAUGUUUGUUGUUGGUGUUGGUUCUUGGUACAUGUUUGUUGUUGGUGUUGGUUCUUGGUACAUGUAUGUUGUUGGUGUUGAUUCUUGGUACAUGUUUGUUGUUGGUGUUGAUUCUUGGUACAUGUUUGUUGUUGGUGUUGAUUCUUGGUACAUGUUUGUUGUUGGUGUUGGUGUUGUCUUCAUGUUGGGAUCUAUAUAGAAGAGGCAUUUGUUGAGAAAUAUACAAUGAAUUUUACAGAGGGCAUUCUACUGUAUUUAAGAGCAGUGUCUCAUGGAGACAGCUUCCUCACAUGUCAACGUAUACAAAGAAUUUUUAUUAUUUUUCAAUUUUUCAGAGAAAAUCAUGUUGCAUAUAUACAAGUUGAGUUACAAUCAAGGUGAUAUAUUUGGAAUCUUGAUGGCAUUUUAUAUGUGUAGCUAUUGGGUAUACAAAUGAUAUUAAGUGUUGUUAAUUUUCCCCAAUAUAGUUUUCACCAGUUCAACGGAAGUUACUGUGUCACUAUUUAUAUACAUGUACAUGUUUUCCAUAUAUAGGUAUAUCCACAGGGAGUUCACUCAAUUUAUAGCUUGACUAUUCGAAGAAUAAGGAGAGCUAUACUACCAACACUGGUGUCGGCGUCACACCUUGGUUAAGGUUUUGCAUGUUAGCAAGUUUAAGUCAUUAUCUCAGUUAAUACAUUAUUUAUUGCAUUGAAACUUUGGAUAUGUUUUCCCAACUAUCUAACCUACUUAAUAAAUGAAGUUAGAUAACACUGUUUUGAAUAUAAUUCAAAUAAAAAGCCUUUAUUAUUUGACUUAGAUUUUUGGUUUAGGUUUUGCAUGUAAGCACACAUAGGUCAAUAUCUCAGCAACUACUUGAUGUAUUGCAUGGAGACUUUUUACAAUUGGACUCAACCUUCAAAUCUACUUAAAUAACCAAGUUAGAUAACUCUAGUUUGCAAUAAAUUCAAAUAGUUGCCCUUUAUUAUUCGACAUUAACAUUCUGGUUAAGGUUUUGCAUGUAACCACUUUUAAGUCAAUACCUCAGCGAAUACAUCAUGUAUUGCAUUGAAACAUUACACACAGGCUCCUAACCAUUUAACCUUCUUAAUUAAUCAAGUACCGUAAGAUAACUCUAUCUUGCAUAUUAUAUAAUUUUUGCCCCUUUAUUAUGCGACUUAUAAAUUUUGGUUAAGGUUUUCCUUGUUAGCACACAUAGGAUAAUAUCUCAGGAACUACUUGAUGUAUUGCAUUGAGACUUAAUACAAUGGUACACAACCACCCAACCUACUUGAAUAACCAAGUUAAAUAAAUGUAUUUUGCAAAUAAUGGCCCUUUAUUAUUAGACUUAGAAAUUUUGGUUAAAAUUUUGCAUGUAACCACAUUUAUGUUAAUAUCUCAGCAAAUACAAAUUGUAUGUAUUGCAUUGAAAUCUAAUCUAACAGUGAUCCAUGCAUGUUUCGCCAAAACUUUUCAAUCCUUAAACUGAAAAGCGGCGGAAUAGUUGAGUGCGCUGUCUCUGUGACAACUCUUGUUAGUCUUUAAAAUAUAUAUAUAGGGUAAAAAAAUGAGAGAAACCCCCAUGGAUAUAUCAUGUUUUCCCUAUACACUGUGUAUAUCAUGUUUUCCCUAUACACUGUACAUUGUGUUUACAGUAAAACUGCGAUCACUCAAGGACGCCGGAGUCCGAGCUGAAACCUCGAGGAAACCGAUGUUUCGAACGACCCGAGUUUCAAUUUUUCUGAUAUGAAAUAUCUUUCAGUGUAUUUUAAGUUAGAGAUUGUCAAACUGACUGUUAACUACGACACCGAUUAUGUGUUGCAUUGUGGAAAUCGCUCAUAUGUUCAAAGGCUGUUGUCUACUAAAUGUAAAAGAAAAAAACAAUUAUAAAUGAAUAAAUAGUUAUGUUUAUUAUACAAAAAGCACAUUUUCUAAAUAAGCAACAUUUAAAUAUGACAGUACAUAUUAUGGCAUUAGUCAGAUUUAAGUUUCGCAAAAUCAAGAAUUGAUGAUUGGCACAUCUUGUCUGUCUUGCGAAACUGUUCAAACUCAUAAUUAUCUUCUCAAAUGCCCUUAUCAACUUAUAGCGGUCAUGCGUAAACAGUGAUAAACUGUUUUUCACACCUUAUGAAAUUUCCUUUCAGCAGUCGUUGCAAUUUUUACAACUUGUGAAUUUUUUAACAUCUAGCUAUUGUUUGUUUAUUUUGGAACAGGCGUUUGGGAAAAAGUGUGAAAUUAUGACUUCGAGGGAGCCAUAAGGUUUUGUGCAUGAUUUGCGGACCGGCUGUUGUGCUCGACUCCUCGACUUAUUUUGGUUUUGAUGCAGCGUCAGUAUAUUUUAUAUGAUAAUAGAAGGAAAAAUGUUCGGGACCAAGCUCUGACCUCGAGGGACCGCCGGUUCUCGAAUGACCGCCUGUUCGAUUGACAGCAGUUUUACUGUAUCAUGUUUUCCCUAUACACUGUACACUGUGUAUAUCAUGUUUUCCCUAUACAAUGUACACUGUAUAUCAUGUUUUCCCUAUACACUGUACACUGUGUAUAGCAUGUUUUCCAUAUACCUGGUAUAUCAUGUUUUGCAAUAGUUAUAUUCCCUGUUUGUCAGUAUUAUCUAUUGGAAUGUUGUCCUGUUGUAAUUCUGAUUCUUAAAUAGUAUAUUUAUAGGUUUAAUUGUGAUGGCUAGUUAUUGUAGUGUUAACAUUUAAAACAUAUUAGUUUUAUGUUGUUUUUAUGGUUUGAACAUAAUUUUAUCAACUAUAGCUUUUUUAUUGAUUGUAAUUAAUACAUGUAUCCUUUUUCUUUUAUUCUUUUUCACAACUUUCAUGGAUAUUAACAUUUACAUGUAGAAUGUUAAAAUAUGACGUACACCAUUACAUGAACAGUGGGUAGAAACAUUUUCACCUUUGUGUCUGUUUUCUUGAUGUCACAUGUUGCAUGUGACAUUAAUGCAUGAACAGAGUGAUCGAGAAUAGACUUUUGGAUGUACAGGCCAAAAUUCUUCCACUAGUGUUUGGAUUAAGAAAAGGAAGGAGCCUUGCUAAAUUAAUUCCAGAAUUUGGACAGCAUUUUACAGUUGUCUUUCUUGUGCUAUUUUCAACAACUUGAACAGAGGCAAGAUGAAUUCCAUCAGGUCAUCCAUACUGGAAAUGUAUCCAGAUUUUCUGUAAGGUAUUUGUAUUUUAAACAUGAAAGAGAUCCUUAGACUUGUCAUAUUUGAAUAUAAGUUAUAUUUGAAAUGUUUCUAAUUUAUGAAUAAAAGGAUUGAUUUAACAAAUAAAUAUACUGGUCAUAUUUUAUGAGUGCUUGGUAGCUGACCAGCCAAUGACUGUGAUUAUCCUUUAUGAGGGGUGCUAUUUUAACGAGCUUAUUGAGUGAUUUUUCAUUUUCAUAAGUAUCACGAAAGAUCAGUAUUGAUAUAAAUAACACAGUUAUUUCAGUGUAUUGAUGCAAUAUUGUUUGGUACAGUAUGAACAGCAUGUUAGUACCUACUAGAAUUCAAUAAUUUAAUAAUACAUGUAUAUACUUUU